GGAGGAUUUCAGGAUUGACCGACCCGAGCCGACAUGCCUUCAGUACAGGCCGAGGUGGGUGGCGGUUGGAGACCGAAGCAGCAGCAGUACCCUCUGGAGAUCCGCGAGGUGUGGGCGGACAACGUGGAGCGCGAGUUCAAGCUCAUCCGCGCCGCCAUCGAGCGCUUCCCCUACGUGUCCAUGGACACGGAGUUCCCGGGCGUCAUCCACCACCCUCCCCCGUCCGUCCACCACUCGGCGCUCACCCCGCCGCAGCGCUACGCGCUGCUCAAGUCCAACGUCGACGCGCUGCACCUCAUCCAGGUGGGCCUGGCCUUCGCGCCGUCCGCCUCGUCCCCGCCCGCGCUCGCCUUCCAGGUCAACCUCCGCGAGUUCGACCCGCGCCUGCACCGCCACGCGCCCGACUCCGUGCGCCUGCUCGCCGCCAGCGGCCUCGACCUGCCCGCGCACCGUGCCAGGGGCGUCAGCGCGCGCGCCUUCGCCGCGCUGCUCAUGUCCUCGGGCCUCGUCUGCAACCCGGACGUGGCCUGGGUCACCUUCGCCUCCGCCUACGACAUGGCCUACCUCGUCAAGGUGCUCAUGGGGCGCAAGCUGCCGAGGGCGCUCCCGGAGUUCCUCCGCUACGUCCGCGUCUACUUCGGCAACGCAGUGUACGACGUCAAGCACAUGGCGAGGGUAGCCUCCGCCCCCGCGCUGCUCGGCGGGCUCGAGCGCGUCGCCGCCGCGCUCCGGGUGCGCCGCGCCGCGGGCCGGAGCCACCAGGCGGCGUCCGACAGCGUGCUCACGUGGGACACCUUCCGGGAGAUGGCCAGGCUCUACUUCCCCAAGGAAGGCAGCCUGGAGAUGUGCGCCGGCGUGCUCUACGGCCUCGAGCUCCACGACGACGACGGCCGCGGCACCAAGCCGCGGGCCGAGUACGCGCUGCUGAGAUGAUCAAGAAUACCAUAGCUUGUUCGUGUUAUCAUCUUGUACAGUGCAGUCAGUUCCACCCGAACUGAAUUCGGGGCGGGAAAUAACAUAAAGAAAGACAAGCAAGCACGGUUCUUUGAUUGGAUAAUAAAUUCUUCUAGGCAUUGUUUGAAUG